AUGAUGGAAGAAAUCGACAGGUUCCAAGUGCCUCCUGUCAACGGAGAGACACAGCCUUUGGACCCAGAGGCGUCGUCCCCUUCAGAGGCACAGCCCGACAGUAAGGGAGAGACUGUGGCCAUGAACUAUAAGCCUUCACCACUGCAGGUCCAGAUAGAGAAACAGAGGGACCUCGCUAGGAAGGCAUCGGUGAAGAAUGGCACAGUGGGAAGUCCUGUCAAUCAGCAACCCAAGAAGAAUGCCAGGACAAGGUUGGUGGUGCCAAACAAAGGCUACUCUUCUUUAGAUCAGAGUCCAGAUGAGAAGCCUCUGGUAGCACUGGACACGGACAGUGACGAUGACUUUGACAUGUCUAGAUACUCCUCAUCAGGAUACUCCUCAGCCGAGCAAAUCAACCAGGACCUGAACAUCCAGCUCCUGAAAGACGGGUACCGGCUCGAUGAGAUUCCAGAUGACGAGGACCUGGAUCUGAUCCCCCCUAAAGCAGUCAACCCCACCUGCAUGUGCUGUCAGGCUGCCCCCUCUACCGCCUGUCAAAUCCAAUAA